AUGCAGAGUUUAAUCAGCAAGGCAGGCCAGACAGCAUUCUUGUACCAGAAGCACUUGGUUGAUGGAAGAGCAUCUCGGCGCUGGCCAGCCUCGCUCCGCCAGCGCCGCUCCCAGCCGGGCCGCCGGCCUCACCCACAGCGGAAAAGAGCGGAGGGAAGAGUGGGGCGAGCGGGAGAGGGCGGGCGGGGAACGCAGAGGCACGGCUCGGGGGCGGACGCUCAUGCGCCACGCUGGGCCUCUCCGCGAGGCCGAGGUCCAGAGAGCCUGACCCUGAAGCGUCCAGGGCAGCAGGGCCCAGGCCACCGCGCCGGCCCCCAGAGGCCGCCCCUCCAGCCCGCGCGCGCCCCCCGCUCCCAGCAGCCCGAGGCGCCCGGGCCGGGCCGCCGCCGUCGCCCACGGCAGUCCCGGCCGCCCGGGCCCGCAGCCGCGCCCGCGGGAGGAGCCCGCUGCCCCCCGGCCCCGGCCCCCGGGGUCGCCAGGGCCCUGCCUCCAGCUGCCCGCGUUCCUUCCGCCCCGAGAAGGCAAAGAGUCCCGCGGCCUCCCCGGGCGCAGCCCGCCCGCGCCCCGCAGCGCCCCCUAGGAGCGCGGCCCACGCGGCAGCCGCGCCUCUGCGGCGCCGGCAGCCGCGCCCGGCGGCGCGCGGGGCUUCCCCGCCCCUCCCCCCGCGGCCGCGCCGCCCCCGCCCCGGCGGCCGGAACCUCCCUGCGGGGCGGAGUGAUACCGGCGGCGGCGUAG